UCCGGAAUGAGAGCGUUUCCCUCUCAUUUUCGGUCAUUUACCUGAAAUGACAAUUUCUUAUGUAUGUCAUCCGUUUAUCCUCUGCAAUGAUUCAUAAAUGUACUGUGGUUCAGAAGACUUGACAGCUAACUUGACAACUACAGCAGAUUUGUCUGUUUAAAUGGAGGAAGUAAGCCUUGUCACCUUGGCUGUUAGCGGCACUACUCAGAUGAGUCAGCCACUCCCGAAUGUGCUUAGGUUUAACCAUAUUCUCCGUUCAACUCUACAGCACUGUGACCGGGAACAUGGACAAUCAUAACUUCACAGAUGUGGCUUUGUGAGACACAUUUCUGAAACCAGGCUUGUUUUUUUUUCAAUGGUGACGUGACGUAGAAGUAUUCAAGGCCUCAAACUAAUUUAAUUUGUACUGUAUGUUCUGCAGAGUUGAGGGAAAACUGUCAUAAAACCACUUACAGUACCCGUACUCUACCCUGCUCUUUCCUUAGGCCUUGCCUAGUUGGAAAUUCACUAUCUGAAUAACUGACUGUAAACUUCCUACAUUCACACAAUUGGUCAAUUAAUAUCCCAGCUACUUAAAGCUGAUCAGCACAAUGUAACAUUUGAAACAUUAGCGAGGAAUGUUUUUGUCUUGAUGAAAUAUUGCAAUAUGUUAAAUAUGACAACCAUCAGAAUUACAUUUCUAGUUGAGCCAUGUGUUCCAAAUGGCACCCUAUUCCCUACAUAUUUCACUACUUGACCAGAGCCCUAAAGUGCAUUCAGAAAGUAUUCAGACCCCUUUUCCACAUUUUGUUACGUUACAGCCUUUUUCUAAAAUGGAUUCAAUAAAAAUGUUUCCUCAUCAAUCUACACAUAAUAUCCCAUAAUGACAAAGCAAAAACAGGUUUUUAGAUUUAUUUUUUGAUAAUUUAUUAAAAAUAUAAAAAUUACACCUUUUAUUUACAUAAGUAUUCAGACCCUUUGCUAUGAGACUUGAAAGUUAGCUCAGGUGCAUCCUGUUUCCAUUGGUCGUCCUUGAAAUGUUUCUACUUCUUAAUUUGGAGUCCACCUGUGGUAAAUUAAAUUGAUUAGACAUUAUUUGGAAAGGGACACACCUGUCUAUAUAAGGUCCCACAGUUGACAGUGCAUGUCAGAGCAAAAACCAAGCCAUGAGUUCAAAGAAAUUGUCCGUAGUGCUCCGAGACAGGAUUGUGUUGAGGCACAGAUCUGGGGAAGGGUACCAAAACAUUUCUGCAGCAUUGAAGGUCCCCAAGAACACAGUGUCCUCCAUCAUUCUUAAAUGGAAGUAGUUUGGAACCAACUAGAUUCUUCCUAGAAUUCUUCCGAGCAAUCGGUGGAGAAGGGCAUUCGUCAGGGGAGGUGACCCAAUCAGGGGUCAGGGGAAGAGCCCGAUGGUCACUCUGACAGAGCUCCAAAGUUCCUCUGUGGAGAUGGGAGAACAUUCCAGAAGGACAACCAUCUCUGCAGCCCUCCACCAAUCAGGCCUUUAUGGUAGAGUGGCCAGACGAAAGCCACUCCUCAGUAAAAGGCACAUGACAGCCUGCUUGGAGUUUGCUAACAGGCACCUAAAGGACUCUCAGACCAUGAGAAAAAAGUUUCUCUGGUCUGAUGAAACCAACAUUGAACUCUUUGGCCUGAAUGCCAAGUAUCACGUCUGGAAGAACCCGGGCACCAUCCCUACGGUGAAGCAUGGUGGUGGCAGCAUCAUGCUGUGGGGAUGUUUUUCAGCGGCAGGGACUGGGAGACUAGUCAGGAUCGAGAGCAAAGAUGAACAGAGCAAUGUACAGAGAGAUCCUUGAUGAAAAUCUGCUCCAGAGUGCUCAGGACCUUAGACUGGGGCGAAGGUUCUUCUUCCAACAGGAAAACGACCCUAAACACACAGCCCAGACAAUGCAGGAGUGGCUUCGGGACAAGUCUUUGAAUGUCCUUGAGUGGCCCAGCCAGAGCCCGAACUUGAACCCGAUCGAACAUCUCUGGAGAGACCUGAAAAUAGCUGUGCGGCGACGCUCCCCAUGGACAGAGCUUGAGAGGAUUUGCAGAGAGGAAUGGGAUAAACUCUCCAAAUACAGGUGUGCCAAGCUUGUAGCGUCAUACCCAAGAAGACUUGAGGCUGUAAGCGCUGCCAAAUGUGCUUCAACAAAGUACUGAGUAAAGGUUCUGAAUACUUAUAUAAAUAUUAUGUUUUUGUAUACAUUUUGCAUAAUUAUGGGGUCUUGUGUGUAGAUUCAUGAGUAAAAUGUUUUAUUUGAUACAUUUUAGAAUAAGGCUGUAAUGUAACAAAAUGUGGAAAAGGUCAAGGGGUCUGAAUAGCGAAUAGUGUGCCGUUUGGUGUGCAUUCCUUGUCUGUACACAGUGUUACAGUGGAGGGGAAAUCUACUGGCCUGACAGUCCCGUGGAAGCUUGGUAGCUGGAUCUCCUAUGGGUCACACAGGUUCAAUGGGCCAGAGAGGAUUAGAGUGAGGCAACACUGCCGUUAAUUGUUCUGUUUCGUGAGGGCUGGUCCCAAAUGGUAACCUAUAGGGCUCUGGUCAAAAGUGGUGCACUAUAUCGGGAAUACAGUGGCAUUUGGGACAGUGUCACAAAGACAGGCUUUAGGUGUGGGACAUUCUGAUGUUUCUUUUUGACCAAUUUAAUUAGUUUUGUAUCCCAAACACAUCAUACAUCUUGGGGUAUUUGAAUGAAUGCAAAUGGAAAGGUACUGUAUAAUCAUCUAAUACAUAUUGUUCUUUGUCUUAGAAAACUAAUUAGGAAAAAUCCUUAACUCUCAAAAAAAACUACAUUUUUAUAUUGUUCUUUAUGUCCUGUGAGAGAGUCUUCUUUAGCACGUCUGACUUUGUUUUUAUUCUUGACUAUUGGCCUGUGUGUGAUUUCCUCUUUGAUCAAACCACGUCUGAAGGCUUCUAGCCAUUGACCCGUGCCGUGUGUUUGUACAGCAAGUCUCUAGCCCCGAGCGAAAGCCUGCUUUUGUCUGUCCUCACAAGACAAAGCUCUUUGCUUGGCGGACUAGAGAGGCUCAGGUUGACUCCAACCCAUUCAGAAAACAGAACUUGGAGUAAGGGGAAGCAGGUGAUGCUAGACUAGACCACAGAGGUGGUAGUUUUUCAUGCAUUGCUGAUUUCUGACAGACCAUAAAUCGAAUCGCACAGACUGCACAAAGAAAAGGGGGAUGUUUGAAAAGAAAAAAAACGUAGGCAGAUUCCUUUUCCCGGCCGCAGCAGAGCAGACGAACAGUUCACGAGAAAAAUAAGAAGAAAAUGUAAAGAAAGUGAGUGAGGGCUGUGAUCGACUAACACAGGUUCACCAUAAUCACAUGGUGUGGAUUUCCGCUUUGACAUAUUUGCUUUCCGCAGCACAGCAGGGCAGGGACACACCACAUACGACACAUGCAGAGUUACUGUACGGAACUAUCUGUAGCAGAGCUGCAAUAUGGUGCUGUGAAGAGAGAGCGCUCCACUCCACUAUGCAAUCCACCAUGAACCUCAACAGGCUCCUGCGACAGGGCAGCCAGGACAGUUACAUUAUGGAGGGCUCUCUGAGGAAGAAGGUAUGGUAUCAGCACUCUCUGAAGGGACCCCAUAACAAAAGCAGUCAGAAUGGGGGGACUACUCCCGGGACUCUGCCAAGAGGCUGGAAACAGUCCAACAGAGCCCGCUCAAACUCCUUAGUGGAUUACACUGACCCUCAGAGGACUACCAUUACGUUGCAAAAGCAAGACAAUGAGACUUUUGGAUUUGAAAUUCAGACGUAUGGCAUGCAGCUGAAGAAAAGCAUGGCGGUGGAGAUGUGCACGUUUGUGUGCAAGGUGCAGGAGGACAGCUCAGCUGAGAGUGCAGGUCUGACCGCCGGUGAUGUUAUCAUCACCAUCAAUGGGCUCAGCAUUGAGGGGUCAAGCCAUCAGCGCAUCGUUGACCUGAUUCGAGAAUCCGCCAACCUAUUACGGAUGGAGACGGUGUGUGGGACGGCGGUGAAGAGGAUUGAACUGGAGAAGAAGAUGAGCUUGCUCAAGCAAACCCUGAGAGAGAGAAGGGUGGAGUUGCAAGCACUCAGAUUACAGGAAAAAUGUCUUAUGCGAGGUAACCUGAAUGACAGUUCUCUACACCCCUCUAUGGACUCCCUGAUGUCUCCUAUGUCUCUGUCAGGACACAGUGGCCACCGCGGCCACCGCUUCUCCAGUGACAGUAGCUGCCAGAGUGGGAUGACGGAGGACAGUGACCUGGCCAGUGUGUUUGGCGACCUGGACUCCCCGAGCCCCUGCAGUGUGGCCAGUCCAGACGAUAGUUGCUUCUUCUCCAGAGACUUCACCAGAGACUUCACCGGGGAGGGGCCCCCCAGGCCCCCAGCCAGCCUCAGCCGUACCCGCAGCGAUAGCCUGUCCAGCCGCAGCAGUUCCCUCUCCUCCCCCUCCCCCACAUGGGAUGCUUCCAGAGCCUCCUCCCUGUUUGGGACUCUCCCCAGGAAGGCCAGAAGAGCCAGCGUCCGCAAACACAUCCUGAAGUUCAUCCCUGGAUUCAACCACUCAGUGGAGGAGGAGGACACCUGAACUGAGCUAUGAACGAACACUACAGUACGUCUUUGUGUGAUGUGACGUUCAAUACAAACAUUUCUUGCUGAGACAGUCCUAAUAUAGAUGCCAUACCUGGACUCGGGAAGAGACACGUACUAUAUGACCAUUAUGGACAUGAGAAGCAUUAGGAGGAAGCAAGCAUUCUCCCUUUCACAAAAGCCUUCAGUUAUCUACAGAUACUGCGUGCAUGAUGGACUGCUUUGGUGUUGCACUUUCACACAACCAUUUUCAGAGGAUUUGUUCUUGACCAAAAUCCUAGAGAAAACAGCGUACAUUCUUAAAAUUGUAACAAUUCUUUGUAAUAAAGAAUGCAGUUAUUUGUAAUAAGGAACGCAAGAACUCAGUUCAUGUGUGUGCAGCCAAUGAAACAAAGAUUGUGCUUGGCAUUUCUAAAAUUGUGACCAUUGGAUGUAGGGUGAUAACUAAGAGAGACUAUGAGUGAAAAGGCCCGAUCUUCCUCAAUUAAACAUGUUGCUUGUAUAUAACUUAAGACAUGUAUGCGUUGCAUAUUUACAUGUGAUCAAAUAAGUUAUUGGACAGCAUGUCUGGCAGUUUUAUCAGAUAAAAAAAGUGUGAGUUCUUAGCUACGUGGUUAACUGCAGAGUUCAAAACAGGAUGUGGGGCAGAGAAGGUGCUACGUUCUUCACUAUUUCUGUUCCCAUUGCCACGUUUGGCUUGCUUAUGUAUCUACAACUUUCAGUCUUGAUAAACUACACAUCUGAAGUUUCCUGCAAUUCAGGCCAUUUUUCAGUAACUUGCAGUGUCGUGUAAUGUCAUUUGUUUUAUGCUUGCUGUCUUCAUAUUGCUGCUUUUAUUAAGGUUCAAAGCAAAUAUGUUUUGAAAUUCUCUGAACACAAGUGACCUGUAACAAAAUGCACAAAUAAACUGUCACUCUUCACAUAUUCUCUA